AUGCCAAGCAUUUGUGUUGAUCAACUUAACAUUUUGAUUUGGAGAUAUUUGCAGGAAAAUGGUGAGUUCUUUUUGAUUUGGAAGAAAAACAACAUUUUUGGGACGAUACUUUGUUUAAAUAUUUUCAUUCUGAAUUUUAAAUUAAAAUUAUAAUGAACAUCUUUAGGUUAUAACCAUGCUGCUUAUACAUUUGGUCUCGAAUCCUCAAUAACCGAAGUCGAAAAAGAUUGUGCACAUUCGGCUCUAAUCCCAAUCGGAGCACUUGUCAGACUCGUUUACAAAGGAAUAAUGUACACAGAAGCUGAAGACAAUGAUAAAAAAUCAUACAGUUUAUUAGAAGCCGUUUUCCGACUUGACGCAAAUCAACAAGCCGCAGCUGCUGAUAGCAGUGAUGAUGAGCCGGAAAAAAUGGAUGAAAGUGAACAGGAAAGCGGUGAAGAUGAGGAAGAAGAGGAGGAGGAAGAAGAUGAUGAAACUGAAGAGGAUGAUUCGGAUGAUGAUAUUGAGAUUAUUAAAAGACCAUCAAUUCCAUCUACAGAAUCUAUUCUAGCGCGAUCGAAGACUACACGAGGAUUAGUUCGGAUAAAACCAAGUUCCCAGAGCACUACAGCAGCAGCUUCCACAUCAACACCUUCAACAUCAGCAACAACAAGAAAACCUGCACCAAUGACAUUAGCUGAGAAGAAAUUGAUGCAACGAAAAGAAGUGGCAAAACCUCAAAAAGUUCCGGAACGUAAAACUCCAAUAAAUAUAGAGGGAUCAAUGAUCAAAUAUUUGUGUGGGCAUAAUGCUGAAGCAUUUAUUUGCUCCUGGAACCCGAGAGACAGUAUUGUUGCGAGUGGAUCUGGUGAUUCAACUGGAAGACUCUGGUAUCUUCAUAAUAUAGAUACAUCAUCUGCGAAAUCAUUGGAGAAACAAUCGAAGGUUUUGAAGCACACAUUUUCUGGAAUCAUGUCAACGCCUAACAAACAAGUUAAUCAUGUGAGUUUGUUUUUUUUUGAAAUUUAUGGACAAAAUUGUCAUUUUCAAAACCAUAAUGUGUGCAAACAGAAAACACCGAACUCUACGCACAAAGUCAAAAAUCAUUCUGUGAUUUUAAAAAUUAGGCGACUUGAAAAAUGAAAAGCCUGAUUGGUUUUUUUGGAAUUUACAUGUAUUUUUGGAGGAAUUUCCACGUUUAAAAGAUAGUCUGAAUGAAAAAUCGAAAAUUAUUUUUAAUCGCUAAAACUUCAGAGAUUUCGAAAAUCAGCCAGAACUUCAGUUUAAUUAAUUUUCGCAAUGAAAAUUUUCAGAUGAUCGAUAAUAUAUGAUUAUUAUGAAAGUUAAUGAUCAGAAAUCAUAUUUUUGAAGCACCCUUAUUAAAGUUGACCCUAGACUUUGAAAAACCAGGUUUUCAAAAUUCCCUAAUGAAUGAUGAUUUGCAGGAUGUCACCUCGUUGGAUUGGUCAAAUGAUGGAUCAAAGCUUGCGACAGGCUGCUACGAUGGCUAUGCAAGAAUUUGGUCAAAAGAAGGACAUCUGCAGUCAUGUCUGGAAUUCCACAAGGGCCCAAUCUUUGCUGUCAAAUGGAAUGUCACCGGCGAGUAUUUGGUCACAGCUGGCGUUGACAAAAGUACAGUCGUCUGGAAUUCUGAUGGAACUAUGAAGCAAAGCUACACAGUCCACGAAAGCUCGGCGCUUGAUGUUGAUUGGGUUUCGCGUGAUUCGUUUGCAUCGUGCUCGACAGACAAGAAAAUUAUGAUUUGCAAAGUCAAUCAUUUUACUCCGAUUAAAACUCUGGUUGGCCAUCAAAAUGAGGUGAAUGCGAUUCGAUAUGAUUCACAUUCGAAACGAAUCGCAAGUUGUUCGGAUGACAAAACACUCAAGAUCUGGUCGGUUGAAGAAGCAGCCGCUUUGUACACUUUCAGUGAUCAUGAGAAGGAAAUUUACACUUUGCGAUGGAAUCCAAAUGGACAUAUUGUUGCUAGGUAAGAAAGAUUAUUGAUCUCUUCCAAAAAUCCAUCCAACAUUUUUCAGCGCCUCUUUCGAUCACACAGUCAGACUGUUUGAUGUGAAUCAAGGAAAAUGCAUCAAAGUUCUAGAAGGACACACGGAUCCUGUCUAUAGUGUUACGUUUUCACCGGAUGGUCGUUAUAUUGCUAGCGGAUGUUUUGAUCGAUCUGUAUUUGUUUGGGACGUUAAUGUGAGAUUUUUCAUAAGAAAAUAAUUCAGAGAGUUUUGAAACACUGAUUAAUAAAAAUAAAUUUUCAGACCGGAACCUGUGUGGGCAAAUACGUUGGAGACAAAAAUGAUGGUGGCAUCUUUGAAGUUAGCUGGAGUCACACUGGAAAUCGUCUGGCUGCAUCAGCGUCCGAUGGAAAAAUUAUUUUGAUGGAUGUUCGGAAAAUUAUCUAA